AUGAAAUCAGAACAAUUAAAGUUCGAAGCCGAGCAACUGGACUCCAUUUACUUCAAUCAGGCAACCUUUGAAUGCGCAAAGCUCGCAGCAGGAGGAGCCAUCGAAGCUUGUAAAGCAGUAGUCCAGGGUUCUGUGCGCAAUGCAAUCGCCAUCGUUCGACCUCCAGGACAUCACGCGGAGAGUAACCAACCUUCGGGAUUCUGCAUCUUCAACAAUGUGCCAAUAGCAACACGCGUGUGUCAAGAAGCAUAUCCAGAAACAUGCCGCAAAGUCAUGAUCCUCGACUGGGAUGUUCAUCAUGGCAACGGAAUCCAGCAUGCAUUUUACAACGAUCCUAACGUGCUCUACAUCUCCCUCCAUGUGUUUCGGGGUGGUAAUUUCUACCCGAACCUCCCGGAUGGGGACCUAGACUACAGCGGGGAGGGUCCUGGUGAGGGCAAGAACGUGAACAUUCCCUGGGCCGAUCAUGGGAUGGGAGAUGCAGAGUACUUAUACGCAUUUCAAGAGGUCGUGAUGCCCAUAGCGACUGAGUUCGACCCAGACCUGGUCAUAAUUUCUGCUGGCUUCGACGCAGCAGAAGGAGAUAUCCUGGGAGGUUGUUUUGUAACACCUGCAGCGUACGGGCACAUGACCCACAUGCUCAUGCGCUUAGCCAGAGGCAAGCUCGUGGUAUGUCUCGAAGGGGGCUACAACUUGCGGUCAAUCGCACGGUCCGCAUUGGCGGUGACCCGUGUACUCAUGCUUGAGCCUCCCGAUCGACUACAAGAAGAUAUGCCUGCACCCAAAGACAGCGCCGUCUACACUAUCGAGCAGGUGAAGCGCCAGCAUUCAAGGUAUUGGAAAUGCAUGUAUCCGAAGCAUCUCGACAAGAGCGAUCCUGGCUACAAGAAUACACAUCGUUUACACGAAGUUGUAAGAGAAUGGCAGAGUCUGCGACUAUCCCAGGACCAUGCCAUGACGCCUUUACCUUUGACAAUCAACAGAACAGGUCUUGCUCAAACCUUCGAGCACAACGUCAUCGCUACGCCCCACGACGCAACACAAGUGUUCUUCAUGGGUAUCGGAGACGCCUACGCUGGCUUGGUGGAUCUUUUGAGCAACUAUGAACCGGACAGUGUCGUCGAGUGCCUAAUUGGAUUUGUGGCGGAGACCACGAUUCAGUCGAUAAAGCGACCCACAGACGACACCAUAGCUCUUUGGUAUCAUGCACAUUCCAAGAUCUUCGUCAAGAACAGCCAUUUCGUCUGGGACCCCUCCCGCCAACUCGACAAGGAAGAUACUUUAGACGCCAUGCUCGAAGCGCAUAUGGAGGAUGUGCAAAAGCUUCUACUUGAGAAGACAGCCGAAUAUGCAGAGAUGAACGAUGUCUCCAGCCUGACGGACGAUCAAAUACCCGCGACCGGCCCCUUGCGUAGUCCUCCUGCGCUUGCGAGAGCCUUCACGCCCAGGGUGCGGCAGGAGAGCAUGUCUGACGCGCUGAAGAGUCCGAAGCUGCCUGCUGUGGGUUUUUUUAGCGUGCCGUCGCACAGCCCGAGGAGCCCGAGAAGCCCGUUGAAGAGGGGAGCGAUCCGAGAGUAGGUGAUCGAUUAGCAUUACCCAGCGACAUGCAUUUUCCUUUUGUUUAGCACGCCUAGCUCGCUUCGACAUGUCGGUGCAGUUUAGCGAUAUCUCGACAUUGUGUAUGCGUGCAUCUCUUGUUUUCGU